AGUUGUGAGGUGGUGCUGGUAGUAGUGGUAGUAGUGUGGCAGUGAGAACUACUGGUCCCAACAUGAGAAUCUUUGCCUUUGUGUCACUGCUUUGCCUGUGCACAAACUCUUCAGGCGAAGAGUGUCGCUUGGAACUUCUGGAGAAUGUGGAUUUUCCAGGAACAGACAUAGAGUUUGUGUACUCUCCAGAUGUGUACCACUGUCAGCAGAUGUGUACAGAGCAUCCCUCCUGCCUCUUCUUUACAUUUAUUCGGGCAGAAUGGACAAGAGAUAACAGACACUUUUAUUGCUACUUGAAAAAGACCUCCUCUGGACAGCCCAGUGCCCAGAAUCCUCUUGUGGGGGUGACCUCUGGAUAUUCCCUCAAACCCUGCCCUGAUAACCAAGCCCCAUGUUUGGAUCAGUUGUACCCUGACCUGGACUUCCCCGGGGCUGACUAUCGCUCCCUAUUCACCCCUGACUACGAGGAGUGUCGGAGAGCUUGCACACAUGACCCCAGCUGCCAGUUUUUCACAUGGCUCAAUGGUCAAUUUUCAAAUGAGAAGAUCAGGUACAAAUGUCAUCUAAAGUUCAGUUGGACAGUUCCAUUAACACCGAUUGUGGAAAAAAAGAGCGGCGUGGCAUCUGGGUUUUCACACACAGCACAGAUAGGCACAAGCCAGAAUUUUUUCAAAGAAUGCCAGAACAAAUAUUUCCCCAACACUAACAUACCUGGGAGUGACUUUUUGAGUCUCCCUGCUGCCUCUCCUGCACACUGCCAAGUACUGUGCUCCGCCCACCCGUCCUGUGCUUACUUCUCCUUUGAAAGCACCACAUGUUACCUCAAGAACAAUCUCGCUGAGAUGGUGAUGGUUGAUAAAGCUGGAGUCACGUCUGGAUUACCUUCACGCUUCUGUCAACAAGACAAGAACUGGCUCAGGGUAAUUUACGAAGGGACCGAUUUCCGAGCGUCUGACAUGCGUUUCGUUGAGCUGGAUGAUGCCGAAAGCUGUCAGCGAACUUGCAAUGAGGAUUCCAACUGCCAGUUUUUUAGCUAUGUCAAUGAGAACUUCUUUGACAGUGCAUAUUGGCGGCGUUGCUAUCUGAAGCGCGGCAUCAAUGUUCCUGCUCCACCCAAAGUAACCAAACUGGCCAACGUGGUGUCUGGGUUUAAUCUGAGAAAAUGUAACACUCAUACUGUGUGAAACAAGGCAGGUUGUUCAAAUGCUCAAAUGCUGAAGAAUGUACGUCCACUACCACCUUCCUUCUGGUUAUGUCAUUUUAAAAGUAUUUGUAUUGAUUUCUGGGGUGCUCUUACGACACUAUGGCCUGUCACGAUAAUGGUCUUAUUUCACAAAACAAGUUGAACCAACCCUGCUUUAAUUCCUGACUCAGAGCUAUAAAAGGAUGAAAGGGACAGGAAGUCAUGUGACCGCGGACAGGUUGAAUUAAAAACAAUUAUCCAGUAAGUUGUAACCUAUUAAAAAUCAGAAAUUGAAAUAAAAUGUAUGAAAGUGGAAAAUAAAUGUACUUUAUAAAGUUAAAUGCGUCUUAGAUUUAAUUGUCCUAUACUGUUGUGAAGGAGGAAGUGAGCUGUCCAAUCAGAGCUCUCCUUCAGGAGCUGUCACUGUCCAAUCAGAGCUCUCUUUCAGGAGCUGUCAUUGUCCAAUCAGAGCUCUCCUUCAGGAGCUGUCAUUGUCCAAUCAGAGCUCUCCUUCAGGAGCUGUCAUUGUCCAAUCAGAGCUCUUCUUCAGGAGUAGUUACUGUCCAAUCAGAGCUCUCCUUCAGAAGCUGUCAUUGUCCAAUCAGAGCUCUCCUUCAGGAGCAGACUCUGGCUAAACUCAGGGUUAAAGGGAUGAAACCUGCUCUUGACGGGGUUAGGUUCUCAGAGUGAGUUAUCGUGGUGACUGACACAGGGUUAAGUUAACUGUCAAACUGAAAACUCUGAGCUGAUCUCUUUUUAAGAUUAACAAAGCCUGUGUUUGGACUAAAUUACUUCUUGAACCAGGCGAAUGACUAUGUCGACAGUCGAUUUACUGUGGAACUUUUUCUUCGUACUUGUGGGGAAUGUUUGUUGUUUUCCUGAACUACGGUCAAAUUUGAGCUAAACAGAGUUGAAUAAAUAACUUCUAAGACUC